CAAACAUAUUACUCUAUCAAGCCUCGUGGACACCAUUUUAUUCGGAACAUAAACUUUUCAAUUCUGUACCAAUCUCGACUGUACAUCCGUCCCACUUUCACUCUCCCAAGCAAAAGAAUUGGUCACCUAUGGACAAUGGUAGACAAAUAGAGUGCACAAAGAAGAAAAGUUCGUAAAGUGACGAGACAAAUAUAAACUACCGACAACAUAUCGGACAAAAAAACCCCCAAGUCCCCCAAAACUCACCUAUUUGUCGUUUCGUUUUAUUGGGCACCAAUUUUCCUGCAGUAUUGGCCCAGUUAUUGAGCACUUUCUUUCACUUAACUCCCUCUCUGCUCACCCAACUAAAAAAAAAACAAACGCUUUUGCGAUGAAUCUUGCAUUGACUGUGACCAUCAAAGAUACCAUCGACUUUUGGCUGUCCUUCUCUCGCUGCUGCUGCUAGCAACGUUCAGUGUGUUUCUUCUCAGUAGAGGUGAGUGAACGAAUGGCUGAUGGUUCUUGGUGAGUUUGUCCUCCAUUUCGCAGACAAUCUUUGUGAAAUCAAUUGAACGCCUAGAAGCAGAAAUAGCAGCAUCAUCAUCAUCAACAUCAGCUACCGGUCCGGUCUGCGCCCAAGUAAACUUCCAAAUUGACAAUCUAUUAUACUUCUGAUAGCACAAUAUUUGCACUAAGAAGGGGUACAGGACCGUGUACAACACCGAUUAUCGGAUCCAAUCAGGUAGACGAACUUGCAGGUGUAGAGAACGAUGCGGAAAACGAUGGCAUCCACACGGUCCGUUCAUUUUAUUGAUAGUGAAACGAUUUCGAAGCAAAUAUUUGCCCCAGCCCGUUACAAUCUGCCGCUGUUUCUGUGCAAAAAACUGAACGUUCAUUCCACUCCGGUGGGAAAUUCAACAAAGCAGCAAUGUUCGAGCGAUCAGGAGAAGACAACACUGUUGCAAAGGAUGGCGAAAUAUCACAUCAACGAAUUAACGAAGGAUACAUCCAGCCAUAAAGAGAAGUCAUUUAAAAUUAGUCAACCCCAAUCCGGUGCGACGGCACUCCGCCAAGGAUGUCGAUGUAAUGCGCACCGCCUCGGAUGGCCCCGCUGUCCUAAACCUCUUCGGGAUGGGCACAAGGAGUGGUCCCUCCCGCCGGGCAGAUAUCGAUUAGGUGGAAAUAUCGCCGAUUUGGCUAACCGAUCAACAGGUACCAAGGGACGGAACGGUCACCCGACUAAAGGACAUUAUGCCAACCGGAAGCGUGUGAGACCAACGCUUUACACCGAGUCGAGCAGCAACCGGGACACGAUCAACGCGAUCAACCUGCCGGCCGAGAUGAAUAAGUUAUUGCAUCCGAGCAAAUACUUUGUCGGUAAAAUACGACCCGGUGAUCGUAUGAACGAGCGUCCAACAUCGCGUCUGGCCAUAUCUGAACUGACAGCAUGUCGGCGUGAUCCGAAUAGUCCCGGUCCUGGGCAAUACGAUCCCGAACCGAAAUCACGCUCCCAACAGCUAGCUGCCCUUAAAAAGAUGCUGCAUUCUUCAUCGAGUUGCUACAUGUACGACCAAUAUUGCUACGAGCCAUUCUUCCGACCACCACCCGGCCGGUAUGACAUCCGUUUCGCUCUAUCGCAAAUGCCUACAGGCCAAGUCGGUACCCGUAGGGAGCAGAUUCACGUUCCGAUUCAAUCGACAAUCUCGAAACCGCACACUGAUGCACGACGGCCACCUCCACCACCGCCGCUGAAGCGAAAGGUUACGCUUCGUUUGAAUUCCAUCAAUAUUCCCGUACGGCCCCGGAAGGGACGUCGUAACAUGAAGGUUGCGUUUAUGAGCGGAAGUGCCCGGUUUCGUGAUCGCGACUUUUUCCCUAUCGGAGGGUUGGGAAAACCGACGACAAGUUCCACCAGUAAGCGGCAUCGACAGCAGCAGGCAACAACAUCAAAGAAAUUACACGAUACGGAGGGCUGGACACAGCACGAAACAUCCGCCGGAAGUGCCACACAGAAGUCAUUGUCAGUGGAACAAGCGGAUCGGGGUGAGCACGAAUCAGAACGGCCAGAAAACGCGAGUGAAGGUUGUGUUCAAUUCCUUGCCGCACACGGUAUCUGUUCUCAGGGGACGUUACUAUUAACGGGACCCGGCAACAGAAUGUCGACCAGAUUCUUCACGGUUCCUAAGCUCACGCGUAAUCGGCAGUAGGAUGAGUUUAAUGGAUUUAAAGAAUCCGUAACACACUGAACUGGUUUUUUUUUACAGAAGAAUCGUCCUCAUAUUGUCCGUUAUUUUUUUUCUUAUAUUUUAAAUUGUUAGUGUGUGUGUGUGGUCCUUUUUUAUAAAUUAACUAAUGUUUCAUGUCUGUCUGCCUUUCAAUUGACUCCGGACGGCACGGACAGGGACGUCAAGGCUUCUUAAUGGGAGUUUUAAGGCGUCUCAAUAGAAGAACUUAAAAAUAAUUUAUGCUAAAUAUUUUAUUUGUCGAACGUUAGUGACUCACUUACUGUUUGCUACGCUUGAUGCUAUACACAUAGUAACAUUUUCACUUGCGAAGAUAUAUUACUAUUACUCAAGAUAAUUUUGAAGUAAACUAAUAUGGAAAUUCAUGAUAUACGACACGUGUUUCAUAAG